AUGAGUUCAUCCGAAAUUACAAAUUUUACGAAGGAGCAGCUCUCCGGACUUUUCAAGCCACCUUAUACUUAUAAAGAGGCUAAAGACUCUACCGGACAUGCUGAUAAUGAGCCUAUUGACAAUCUCCAAGACGAAGACGUAGUAGACACUGCCGAGCAUGAAUCCGUCGUCUUUGGCGUUAAACUCCGAAACAUUCAUGGUGUUGAGAUUCCUGCCACAGACCAUGAGACGUGGAGUGUGAAAGCCUCUGAUGGAACGUGGGGUAUCUUCAAGAAGAAAAAGGAAGUAAAAUUAACAUUCGGACGCAUCAUAGCACUAGCAGGUGACUUUUACAGCACCCAUGCAGACGAUAACAGAACCCCUGUCUGUGGCGCCUUUUUCGCUGAAAGUCCCAGUCUCAGCACACCUGAGGGCUGGAAUGCCGCUGUUAUCCGCUUCAGGAGCGCUGUGCAAAGUCUCAAGGAUGAUACUGACAGAAACCUCAUCGGUAUCGGGGACCUAAUUGACAAAGAAAAAAAGGGCACUGAUGAAGCAGAAAAGGAGAUAAAGGAUGGCGAGAACAAGGGAGACUUACAUACAAUUGCAAACGCCUACCAUGACCAUGGCUGUGGUAUUCCGACCAACAAAGCUUGGAUUGAGGCUACUAUUGGGCUCAACAACCCCAAGUCAAGUCUGUAUGCAUGGCUGUCCUACAUCAACGCGGACCACUUUGGCGACGAUGCGCUUACGGCCUACAAGGUCGGCCACUCGGAAGCAAUGAGGCUCGCUAAAGAAGCAGGUGCCAAGACGUCGAAUACUGACAAGGCGAAUGGGCUGCAAGAUGCUUAUAUGCAUGAAGCUUUUUGUCUUCAUUAUCUCACCGAUGCUUUCUCUUCCGGCCAUAUAAGAGCACCAAGACGUCAGAUACACAACGUCAACUAUGACGAGCAAAGCAUCGCUGCUACUUCCGCAAUCCUCGGCAAGGAGACCCCGAUCUGGGAUUUCCAGGCAAACUACAUGCAUGACAACGAUUCAGAUACCGGACUUCUUGUUCAGAAUCAACUUGGCCAGCAGUGGCUUUGUUACGGCGACAAACAAUUCAAAGAAUCUUGGGAUAUUGUGAAUCGAGCUCGAAUUAUGAACUGCAUCCAAGCAUCAGUGGACGAAUUGUACCAAGACGCCUUUACCAACCAAAACGUCAAGACCCCAUCAGACUUCAACGCUGUGAAGCAAAUCCCCGUACCUAUGCUAGCAGCUGGAAAAGGCCCGUCCACAAGCUGGAAAUCCCAAUGGGGAGGCUACGAUAUUCAUAACCCUGCUCCCCUGUGGCAGGUCAACUCCGAAGAUGACAAGACAGCGUGGACAGUUCGUUCCAACGUGAAUGACCACUCUGUUUUUAGCAGGAAGCCUGGAACUCUCAAGAAUACUUCAACCAGCAGUUGGAAUCCAUUCUCAGUUGAUGCGAGCAAAGAAUGCUACGAUGCACGAGACAGUGACUUCCGGACCAAAGGUUCAGCGCCUUUAGCGCGACCUAUUAAUGGUCUCGUCAGUGGAGGCUUCAUCCAGAUUCAGGAUCUCGCUCCUGGACCAUCCCACUUCCAAACAUGCGUCAACUUUUGGGGACCUGUUGUAGUCGGCAUCCACGAUCGAGAAGGAAAUGUGGAAGACAAAGACACUUUCACACUGCGGAACCGUAUUGUUGACUUUGACAGAUACGACGACAGAGGUACUGUUCAGCCUCUUCAGUGUGUCAAGUGGCAUGACAAAGACGGGUUGGUCAUUUACCGUCUCAUGUUACAGCAAGGCUCAGGUAAAAAGACGCUUGCGCUCUCUGGCUGGAGAGUCAAGGACACGUCAGCAUCUUCAGGAAAGGAUCAGGUCACGUUUUCUCCUGAUCAAUCUUGGGCCUUUGAAGCAACUAGUCUCUUUAAAGACUCCUCGAUCACCGAAUUAUCUUCAUCUCCGAAUUUAAUUCGAGCGCUUACAGGAAACUUCAAAGCUCAAGCCAGUAUGAGCCUGGCCAUCCUCAAGUUUGAGAACAACAAUCCCGUCCAAAUUAAUCUCGUUGCAAACGACGGUACCCUCGAGUCAAACACAACUGCAACGGACGCCAAGGGAGUUUACAACUUUGUCAAGACAUUGAAAAAUGGUGACUCAGACCGUGUUCUGUUGUCAUCGUUCGAGAAGGGUGACUCUGACACUACGACAAUAUCACUCGAUGUGAUGGAUCUCACUGGUGAUGCACCUACUAUCACGAAACAUGAGGCCAGCAUCACCGUAUCUCCUCACUCAUCCCAGAUUGUUCUUGUUGGCGAUCUACAAAAGACUGGAAAGGAUCAGAUCGUUGCACUUUUCGAUAGUCCCGAUAAUCUCACUACCAUCGUGUAUGACUACACUUCGAACGGCAUCACUGAAACCACUCAGAAACGUUCACCACAGACAUUGUCAAGCUUUCCUCUCAUCAAGCCGUUCUUCAGCGCACUCGUUCCCUCUGAGGACCGUGCCUCGCCCAACAAUAUCUCGAUCCUUCAGGUCUCACUCCACGAGUACAACCAAAAGCCUCAUUUCAUCUUCCGCUUGACAGACACUGUCAGCUGGACCACGAAGACAUCAACACCGGUUGAGGACAGGCUCGCCUCUGACCCUCAUUAUUUCCACUUAAAAUGGAUUCGUUGUUCCAGAAAGUCAGACUUUGAUCUCAAUACAUCUAAUGCCAUUCUUGAGGUAUUCUCCUUCUAUGGUGUGCUUGGUAUCAGACUCUUUGCUCCCAUCAGCGAGAAGAAUCUGGCCAACUAUCAAGAGAUUGGUAUGCUACAAUAUAUGGGACAGACAAGCAUUGGAACCGGGUUGGGAUGUGAAGGGGAUUGGGGUAGUGGUAUCCUCACUUGGGGGGCCGAGAAGAAUGAUUUUGUCGACUUUGAAGCUUUCAAGCCCGAUGCUAGCGGAAGUCCUGGAAAGGGAAAUUGGGGGAUGUCGGCUGCUAACAUUGAUAGACCUCUUGUCAAGGGAUGGGACGUCGAGGCUCGGCCAGGUUACAAAACUUAG